GCCGCCGCUUCUGCACCCAGCACACAGGAGUGGCGAGAGACCAAGUAUGUAAAGGCCCCCGAGAUAUUCAACCCCAAGAGUAUCGAAGAAGAAAUCAGUAUGUGGCCCGAAUGGGCCUUCAGCUUCAAGAACUUUAUGGCCAUACAAGAUGAUGAAUACAGGGGUGACUUUGCCAAGGCAGAGACGUCAACAGAGUUUUUGGCUUUUGAGGAUUAUGGCCCGGCUAUCAGAGCGAGAUCGCUGCGGCUGUACUCCAUCCUUGCAUCUUAUUUGAAAGGCCGAGCACUAAAAAUUCUUCGUGCAGAACCAAAAGGAGACGGAUUUAGCGUAUGGCGCCAAUUGAAGGAAGAGCUACAACCAACUUCGCGCCCGCGCGUGCUUGCGCUUGCGCAGGCGCUCACGCGCUUUCCACCCUUGAAAGAGGGUGCCUCAGUACUGGAGUACACUUUAGGGUACGAACGCCUUAUCACUGAGUAUGAGAAGCUAUCGUCCGCGCGGUACCCGGAGGAUCUAAAGAUCUCCACGCUGAUGUCUGGCUUGCCACAAGAUAUCAAGCGAUAUUUGCAACUACAAAUCGACGAUUCCACUACGUACAAUGGUCUUCGUAGCACUCUUCUUCAAUUUGAACGAACAGCAGCUACAUGGUCUACAGAACACGUUCUGAAGGCCAUCGGGGUAGACAAAGACUCGCCUUUGCACCCAGGAAAUGGGCCUGUGCCCAUGGAUGUGGACCGCGUCGAGCAGGGCAAGCCCAAGGGGUCCUGGAAAGGCAAGAAGGGUGAUGUUGGAAAGGACAAAGGCAAGAAGGGCAAAGGCGAUAAGGGUUCCUGGAACAGCAAGGGUUACGACCAGGCCAAGGGUUACAAGGGCUACGGCAAUUUCAAGGGCAAUGUCAAGGGCAAGUUUGGUGGUGGCAAAGGGAAGGAGAAAGGCAAGAAGUCGUUUGGGAAAGGUUUUGGCAGUCCUGGUGGAAAGGGAAAAGGUCCAUGUUUUAUCUGUGGGCGCAUGGGGCAUCGUGCUGCAGAGUGUCAUUUGCGAGUUCGCCGGCUGGAGUUCGCACAUGACGUCCUGAUGGAGGAGAUCUUCGACGAGACCGAGGCAGGUGAGGUUGGCGAGCCACUGUGGGAAAGCCAUGUUCAUGAUCUUUCGUGGUAUGAUUCAGAAGAAGUUUGGGAAGAAGGUUGGGAUGAGUAUGAUGGGUUCGGUGGCUAUGUGCGCAUGGUUGCUGAGAUUGUGGAGCCUGCAGAGCAUGAGUUGCUAGAGGAUGUCCAGUCUGAGUGUGGUAGCAGCUGCUCUUUGCCUUCCACUUCCACUUUGCACUUCUCUUUGUGCGAUGAAGAUGAAGUUGAUUCCCCGUGUGAGCUUGAGAGUGGAGCUGAAAGUGAUUGGGUUCUGUUGCAGCAAGCCCGAGCUGAAGAAGCCGAAUUCUGCGUGCGUGCAGUUGCAGAGGGUCACGAAGUAAUCCUCGACUCAGGUGCUGACGUCACGGUGCUUCCGAUGCACAUCUUUGGCGAGGUGGGCAUCGAAGACCACGCGAGCGUGUCCUUGGUGGAUGCGCAAGGCUCGAUCAUUCCGCAAGCUGCCGUGAGGGAAGGAGUGACGUUUGUUGUGAAAGGUUGCGAUGGUAGCAGUAUCGUCUUUAAAGACAAGGCAGUGCUAGCGCGGGUCAAGCAACCACUUCUUUGUGCUGGCAAGUUGAUUCGUGAUGGGUGGCUUCCUCGCCCUGACUCAGAGAACCUUGUGAUGGCCAAGGGUUCUCAAGCUUUUCCUCUACAUUGGGCAAGGAACUCCAUUGCCGCUACCAUGAAAAUUUUCAGAACGGAAGAGGCCCAGGUGCGUAUGGUGGUUGAGUUGGGUGAGUCGUUUGUGAACAGUUUGAAGAGAAGGGGUUGGCAGUUGAAUGAGAAUGGCCAGCCCACGCAUGUGAGCAACAGUUCGUCUACUACAACCGACCCCAGUGAGAUGUAUGAUCCUGAAGUGUUUGCGCAUCGUACCACUUUGGUGCAACAGAGCGGCCGACGCUACACAGUCUUCGAGUGCGGUGAGUACUGGGAGCCAAAGCCUGUGAUGGAGAUAGGAGGCAGCCCUACCAAAGUGAUCACCAUCCUCACCACCCAGCCUGUCGAGCCCGAGUCGCUAGGAAAAGUAGUUGCAGAAGACGUGGCCAUUGUUCCCAGGUUUCCUCGACCUGCGCCUGGUGAUGAUGGUGGUUCUGGACAAGCUGAUCAGGAGGUUGCUGGAGCUGAAGAUGAGCCUCGGCAGAGCAUUGGAGCUCCGGUUUUGGGGCCAGAGUUGACAGUGGUGCCUGACGUCGGUGAGGUCGUCAAGCUUGGUGAGAAAGAGCUGAGGGAAGAGUCUAGUUUGAGAGAUUUGAGAUGGGGGUGCAAGUUCCUGCGAAUUCCCCACACUGGACCCAAAGCCACGCUGUGGGACCGCCUCAAGAAAGAGGUGGCAAUGAACCAGUUGAAGGUGGCUGUCCAGGCUAGCGAUGCGGUAGUGGAAGCGUACACCCCUGAUGUGAACCAUGGACCACUUCCUGUGAAGCCUGAUCCCCA